AUGGUUGUUUUCUACAUGGGAACUGUAAAAAUGUCCCAGAUGUGGAUGCUCCGAUGGGUCGUUUUACUGGUGGGGUUGCAGACGAUACAAGCAGAUUCAACUAUGAUGGAUUAUCUGCAUGCUACACUAGAUCCUGUAAUGGACGGAACAGUAACUGUGUUCCCUGACUUGAGAAUCACAACUGGAGAACACCCAAAUCCUGAUCAUCAGUCCACGAUCUGCAGCACAUGGGGAAAUUUCCACUUCAAGACAUUUGAUGGUCAUUUCUUUCAAGUGCCAGACACGUGCUACUACAUUCUGGCGGUGAUGUGUGACAGCCUGGAUAGUUCUGAUUUUAACAUUAAGAUGAAAAGAGAGAUUGUAAAUAACUCAAUCACCUUCAACAAAAUCAAAGUACAUCUGCAGGGCACAGUCAUUGAACUUACUAACAACAAGAUCACCAUGGACAACGAAGAGUUGUUUAAUUCAACCUAUAUGAAUGGAAUAACAGUCCAGCUGAGCCCAUCAAGUGUUAAGAUCUCUAACAAACAAGGAGUGACUGUCUUUUGGGAGAAGGACCAAUCUUUAUUGACAAGUGUUUGCCAGCAGUAUCUCAGCAGUCCAGGGUUUAGCGACUGUUACAAUGUGAUGAACAUGGGUUCAUUUGAAGAGGCCUGUGUGAACGACCUGUGUCAAUGUUACGGCAAUCACGACUGUCUCUGCAACACACUCACGGAGAUUUCACGACAGUGCACACAUGCUGGAGGAAAUCCAGGAACAUGGAGGACAGACCAGCUCUGCCCAAAGACAUGUCCUCUAAACAUGCAAUACUUGGAGUGUGGAAGUCCGUGUAAGAACACCUGCAAAGAUCCAAACACAAGUCUAAUGUGUAACGAACACUGUGUGGACGGCUGUUUCUGCCCUGAAGGCACCGUUGAAGACGACAUUGGUCAGAGUGGAUGUGUUCCUGUGAACCAGUGCCCAUGUGAUCACAAUGGCACACUAUAUCGAUCAGGAGAGUCUUAUCAACAAGCUUGUCAGGAAUGUGUGUGUGACGCGGGACACUGGACCUGUAAACACCUGGAAUGUCCCGGAAUCUGCUCUGUUGUGGGAGGGUCUCACCUCACCACUUAUGAUGGAAAGAGCUUCACCUUCAGCGGGAACUGUGACUACAUCCUCACUAAGCACUCUGAUGACAGUGAUAUUGCUGUUGUGGGAAAUCUGGAAAAGUGUGAUCCGGCCCGAACAGACACAUGUCUAAAUUCAGUGACCCUUGUCAUCUCGGGGACCACUUUUAGUUUUUCCUCCACUGGAGUUGUGACACUGAAUGGAAACAGCCCAUUUAAGCUUCCUGUUACCGGAGGUCCUGUGAGCAUCUUCCAGCCCUCUUCCUCCUUCAUUAUUGCUGAUAUGAAGAGUCUUCGUCUAGAGAUCCAGUUGGCUCCAGUCAUGCAGUUGUAUAUUGUAGCCAGCACUAAGGAGAAAGGAAAAAUGAGUGGUCUGUGUGGGAACUAUAAUGACAUCCAAAAAGAUGACUUUAUAACCGAAUUGGGUAUGCCAGAGGACACAUCAACACCAUUUGUCAACUUAUGGAAGAAAAACAAAUACUGUGGAAAUCUUGAAAACACAUUUGACAACCCAUGUAGCAUGCAUUCGGAGACAGAGAAAAUAGCUAAAGACUGGUGUUCCCGUCUCACAAACCCAAAUGGAGUGUUUUCACCAUGUCAUUCAGAAAUAUGUCCUGAGAUUUACUACCAAUGGUGCGUCUAUGACACCUGCAAGUGUGCAGAUGUUAAAAAGUGUAUGUGUGCGGCCUUGUCCACGUAUGCCCACGCAUGUGCUGCCAAAGGAGUCAUUCUCCAGGGCUGGAUGGAUUCAGACCCCUGUGACACAAUUUUGAAGUGUCCAGAAAACAUGAAGUACUCCUACAGCGUGAAAAGCUGUGGAAGCACCUGCCGCUCUCUCAGUGUUCACGAUAACACCUGCCAAGGGUCCUUCACACCUGUAGAUGGCUGUGUCUGUCCUGAGGGAAGAUACUUCAAUGAAGCCGGCAGCUGUGUACAUGCUGACCAGUGUCCUUGUUACAAAGGUGACAAGGUCAUAGAGCCAUCAGGAAUAAUCUUCAAUAAUGGUGUUAAAUGCAUCUGCAACCAUGGCAAAUUAGACUGCUCCAUAAAAGACUGUGUGGCUCCAAUGGUUUUCUUCAACUGCUCAAAUUAUAAACAAGGGCAGAAAGGAGCGGAGUGUCAGAGGACAUGUGAGAAACAAAACCCCAACAAUUGUGUGAGCACAGGGUGUGAAUCAGAUUGUAUGUGUCCAGACGGCCUUCUGGCUGAUGGCAAUGGUGGGUGUGUGGAGAGGGAAAAAUGUAGUUGUACCCACAAUGGAAUCUCCUAUUCUCCUGGGGGCCAAGUUCAGCAGGACUGUAACAACUGCACAUGCACAAAUGGGAUGUGGACUUGCACAAAAAAGCCAUGCUACGGAGCCUGUACUGUCUACGGUGAAGGUCAUUUCAAGACUUUUGAUGGAAAGAGAUACUCCUUCCACAGAGACUCCGAACAAAUCUUAGCCAGUGAUAAUUGCAAUAUGAAUCAGACUCCCACCUUCCACCUUGUCACAGAGAACGAUUUCUGUGGGACCACCGGCACCAUCUGCAAGUCAAUCAGUCUUUUCUUUGGGAUCAAUGAGAUACAUUUAUCCGAGGAUGGAGUCAAAAUUAUUAAUAGCAGUGACACUGAUUACGAAUAUCAAAUCCAUUCUGCGGGGAUAUAUAUUGUCACAGAGGUCAAAGGUCUUUUCAACUUAAUCUGGGACAAUAAAACAAGUCUAAUGCUUCAACUCCAUCCUAAAUUAAAGGGCAAGGUGUGUGGACUGUGUGGAAACUUUGAUGGCAAUGCAAACAAUGACUUUAUGAAGCACAAUGGAGAAGUGGUGACCGAUUCAGAGGAAUUUGGUAAUAGCUGGAAGGUGAAGCCCACGCUCCCAGAUGUGACAAACGUGAUAGACCUUUGUAAAGAGUAUUCACAUCGGAGUGUCUGGGCUGAAAAACAAUGUAGCAUCAUAAUAAAGGAUGUCUUUAAAGAUUGUCAUUCUCUUGUGGACUCUAAACAAUAUUAUGAAGACUGUAAAACAGACACCUGUGCAUGUGACAGCAGUGACUGUGAUUGUUUCUGUACUGCAGUGGCAGCUUAUGCUGCUGAAUGCCGUAAAAAAGGAGUUUGUGUAGCAUGGCGGAGCCCAAGGAUUUGCCCUUUAUUCUGUGACUACUACAACCCUAAGGGGAAAUGUGAUUGGCACUAUCAAACCUGUGGACCGCCUUGCCAGAAAACCUGCAAAAACCCCUCAGGAACUUGCUCUGAUCAAAUUCCUCUCCUUGAAGGAUGUUUUCCUCAGUGCCCUCCAGAUAGUCCAUAUCUUUUGGAUGAAAAAACCGUGACCUGUGUUAAACAAUGUAACUGUACCUAUAACAAUGAUGCAUUCCCUGCUGGAUCAGUAGUUUACCACAUCUCACCCAAGAAUGAUACAUGUUUCGAAGCAGGUGUAUGUAUGGAAAACGGGGAAAUAAGCAAUACUACUUAUUGUUCCCAACAUGACAAAACAACUACUACAGUGUCAACUACAACUCCUACAAUACCAACUAGCACUACAACUGUAACACCACCAUCUACAACAACAGAAACAUCUCCUGUUCCCUCUACAACUACUACAGUGUCAACUACAACUCCUACAAUACCAACUAGCACUACAACUGUAACACCACCGUCUACAACAACAGAAACAUCUCCUGUUACCUCUACAACUACUACAGUGUCAACUACAACUCCUACAAUACCAACUAGCACUACAACUGUAACACCACCAUCUACAACACCAGAAACAUCUCCUGUUACCUCUACAACUACUACAGUGUCAACUACAACUCCUACAAUACCAACUAGCACUACAACUGUAACACCACCAUCUACAACAACAGAAACAUCUACUGUUACCUCUACAACUACUACAGUGUCAACUACAACUCCUACAAUACCACCUAGCACUACAACUGUAACACCACCGUCUACAACAACAGGAACACCAUUUACUACAACACCACCACCUUGUCAAUGGUCAGAGUGGUUUGACAACAGCAAACCCGGGACAGAGAUCCAAGGAAAGGAAAAUGAAUCCAUCAGUGAAUUGUGGAAACAGCGUAAAAUAUCCUGUGAGAGACCAGACAAAAUUGAAUGCAUGACAAAUUAUGGCGGUAAAAACAUCACAGGCGAGAAAUGGAAACUUCAACAAGAAGUGACGUGCAAUACAUCUUAUGGACUGUUCUGUUCAAACAAAGAAAAUUCAUAUACAGUAUGUCAUAAUCAUCUAAUACGUGUAUACUGUUGCAACAUAACAACAACAACCACUAAAAUACCUACUACCACUAUUACUGUUACAACCACAACUCCUACAAUACCAACUAGCACUACAACUGUAACACCACCAUCUACAACAACAGGAACACCAUUUACUACAACACCACCACCUUGUCAAUGGUCAGAGUGGUUUGACAACAGCAAACCCGGGACAGAGAUCCAAGGAAAGGAAAAUGAAUCCAUCAGUGAAUUGUGGAAACAGCGUAAAAUAUCCUGUGAGAGACCAGACAAAAUUGAAUGCAUGACAAAUUAUGGCGGUAAAAACAUCACAGGCGAGAAAUGGAAACUUCAACAAGAAGUGACGUGCAAUACAUCUUAUGGACUGUUCUGUUCAAACAAAGAAAAUUCAUAUACAGUAUGUCAUAAUCAUCUAAUACGUGUAUACUGUUGCAACAUAACAACAACAACCACUAAAAUACCUACUACCACUAUUACUGUUACAACCACAACUCCUACAAUACCAACUAGCACUACAACUGUAACACCACCAUCUACAACAACAGAAACAUCUCCUGUCACCUCUACAACUACUACAGUGUCAACUACAACUCCUACAAUACCAACUAGCACUACAACUGUAACACCACCGUCUACAACAACAGAAACAUCUCCUGUUACCUCUACAACUACUACAGUGUCAACUACAACUCCUACAAUACCACCUAGCACUACAACUGUAACACCACCGUCUACAACAACAGGAACACCAUUUACUACAACACCACCACCUUGUCAAUGGUCAGAGUGGUUUGACAACAGCAAACCCGGGACAGAGAUCCAAGGAAAGGAAAAUGAAUCCAUCAGUGAAUUGUGGAAACAGCGUAAAAUAUCCUGUGAGAGACCAGACAAAAUUGAAUGCAUGACAAAUUAUGGCGGUAAAAACAUCACAGGCGAGAAAUGGAAACUUCAACAAGAAGUGACGUGCAAUACAUCUUAUGGACUGUUCUGUUCAAACAAAGAAAAUUCAUAUACAGUAUGUCAUAAUCAUCUAAUACGUGUAUACUGUUGCAACAUAACAACAACAACCACUAAAAUACCUACUACCACUAUUACUGUUACAACCACAACUCCUACAAUACCAACUAGCACUACAACUGUAACACCACCAUCUACAACAACAGGAACACCAUUUACUACAACACCACCACCUUGUCAAUGGUCAGAGUGGUUUGACAACAGCAAACCCGGGACAGAGAUCCAAGGAAAGGAAAAUGAAUCCAUCAGUGAAUUGUGGAAACAGCGUAAAAUAUCCUGUGAGAGACCAGACAAAAUUGAAUGCAUGACAAAUUAUGGCGGUAAAAACAUCACAGGCGAGAAAUGGAAACUUCAACAAGAAGUGACGUGCAAUACAUCUUAUGGACUGUUCUGUUCAAACAAAGAAAAUUCAUAUACAGUAUGUCAUAAUCAUCUAAUACGUGUAUACUGUUGCAACAUAACAACAACAACCACUAAAAUACCUACUACCACUAUUACUGUUACAACCACAACUCCUACAAUACCAACUAGCACUACAACUGUAACACCACCAUCUACAACAACAGAAACAUCUCCUGUCACCUCUACAACUACUACAGUGUCAACUACAACUCCUACAAUACCAACUAGCACUACAACUGUAACACCACCGUCUACAACAACAGAAACAUCUCCUGUUACCUCUACAACUACUACAGUGUCAACUACAACUCCUACAAUAUCAACUAGCACUACAACUGCAACACCACCAUCUACAACAACAGAAACAUCUCCUGUUACCUCUACAACUACUACAGUGUCAACUACAACUCCUACAAUACCAACUAGCACUACAACUGUGACACCUCCAUCUACAACACCGGAAACAUCUCCUGUUACCUCUACAACUACUACAGUGUCAACUACAACUCCUACAAUACCAACUAGCACUACAACUGUGACACCUCCAUCUACAACAACAGAAACAUCUCCUGUUACCUCUACAACCACUACAGUGUCAACUACAACUCCUACAAUACCAACUAGCACUACAACUGUAACACCACCAUCUACAACAACAGAAACAUCUCCUGUUACCUCUACAACUACUACAGUGUCAACUACAACUCCUACAAUACCAACUAGCACUACAACUGUAACACCUCCAUCUACAACAACAGAAACAUCUCCUGUCACCUCUACAACCACUACAGUGUCAACUACAACUCCUACAAUACCAACUAGCACUACAACUGUAACACCACCAUCUACAACAACAGAAACAUCUACUGUUACCUCUACAACUACUACAGUGUCAACUACAACUCCUACAAUACCACCUAGCACUACAACUGUAACACCACCGUCUACAACAACAGGAACACCAUUUACUACAACACCACCACCUUGUCAAUGGUCAGAGUGGUUUGACAACAGCAAACCCGGGACAGAGAUCCAAGGAAAGGAAAAUGAAUCCAUCAGUGAAUUGUGGAAACAGCGUAAAAUAUCCUGUGAGAGACCAGACAAAAUUGAAUGCAUGACAAAUUAUGGCGGUAAAAACAUCACAGGCGAGAAAUGGAAACUUCAACAAGAAGUGACGUGCAAUACAUCUUAUGGACUGUUCUGUUCAAACAAAGAAAAUUCAUAUACAGUAUGUCAUAAUCAUCUAAUACGUGUAUACUGUUGCAACAUAACAACAACAACCACUAAAAUACCUACUACCACUAUUACUGUUACAACCACAACUCCUACAAUACCAACUAGCACUACAACUGUAACACCACCAUCUACAACAACAGGAACACCAUUUACUACAACACCACCACCUUGUCAAUGGUCAGAGUGGUUUGACAACAGCAAACCCGGGACAGAGAUCCAAGGAAAGGAAAAUGAAUCCAUCAGUGAAUUGUGGAAACAGCGUAAAAUAUCCUGUGAGAGACCAGACAAAAUUGAAUGCAUGACAAAUUAUGGCGGUAAAAACAUCACAGGCGAGAAAUGGAAACUUCAACAAGAAGUGACGUGCAAUACAUCUUAUGGACUGUUCUGUUCAAACAAAGAAAAUUCAUAUACAGUAUGUCAUAAUCAUCUAAUACGUGUAUACUGUUGCAACAUAACAACAACAACCACUAAAAUACCUACUACCACUAUUACUGUUACAACCACAACUCCUACAAUACCAACUAGCACUACAACUGUAACACCACCAUCUACAACAACAGAAACAUCUCCUGUCACCUCUACAACUACUACAGUGUCAACUACAACUCCUACAAUACCAACUAGCACUACAACUGUAACACCACCGUCUACAACACCGGAAACAUCUCCUGUUACCUCUACAACUACUACAGUGUCAACUACAACUCCUACAAUACCAACUAGCACUACAACUGUAACACCACCAUCUACAACAACAGAAACAUCUCCUGUUACCUCUACAACUACUACAGUGUCAACUACAACUCCUACAAUACCAACUAGCACUACAACUGUGACACCUCCAUCUACAACACCGGAAACAUCUCCUGUUACCUCUACAACUACUACAGUGUCAACUACAACUCCUACAAUACCAACUAGCACUACAACUGUAACACCACCAUCUACAACACCGGAAACAUCUCCUGUUACCUCUACAACUACUACAGUGUCAACUACAACUCCUACAAUACCAACUAGCACUACAACUGUGACACCUCCAUCUACAACAACAGAAACAUCUCCUGUUACCUCUACAACUACUACAGUGUCAACUACAACUCCUACAAUACCAACUAGCACUACAACUGUGACACCACCAUCUACAACACCGGAAACAUCUCCUGUUACCUCUACAACUACUACAGUGUCAACUACAACUCCUACAAUACCAACUAGCACUACAACUGUAACACCACCAUCUACAACAACAGAAACAUCUCCUGUUACCUCUACAACUACUACAGUGUCAACUACAACUCCUACAAUACCAACUAGCACUACAACUGUAACACCACCAUCUACAACACCGGAAACAUCUCCUGUUACCUCUACAACUACUACAGUGUCAACUACAACUCCUACAAUACCAACUAGCACUACAACUGUGACACCUCCAUCUACAACACCGGAAACAUCUCCUGUUACCUCUACAACUACUACAGUGUCAACUACAACUCCUACAAUACCACCUAGCACUACAACUGUGACACCUCCAUCUACAACAACAGAAACAUCUCCUGUUACCUCUACAACUACUACAGUGUCAACUACAACUCCUACAAUACCAACUAGCACUACAACUGUGACACCUCCAUCUACAACACCGGAAACAUCUCCUGUUACCUCUACAACUACUACAGUGUCAACUACAACUCCUACAAUACCAACUAGCACUACAACUGUAACACCACCAUCUACAACACCGGAAACAUCUCCUGUUACCUCUACAACUACUACAGUGUCAACUACAACUCCUACAAUACCAACUAGCACUACAACUGUAACACCACCAUCUACAACAACAGAAACAUCUCCUGUUACCUCUACAACUACUACAGUGUCAACUACAACUCCUACAAUACCAACUAGCACUACAACUGUAACACCACCGUCUACAACAACAGGAACAUCUCCUGUUACCUCUACAACUACUACAGUGUCAACUACAACUCUUACAAUACCAACUAGCACUACAACUGUAACACCACCAUCUACAACAACAGAAACAUCUACUGUUACCUCUACAACUACUACAGUGUCAACUACAACUCCUACAAUACCAACUAGCACUACAACUGUAACACCACCGUCUACAACACCGGAAACAUCUCCUGUUACCUCUACAACUACUACAGUGUCAACUACAACUCCUACAAUACCAACUAGCACUACAACUGUAACACCACCAUCUACAACACCGGAAACAUCUCCUGUUACCUCUACAACUACUACAGUGUCAACUACAACUCCUACAAUACCAACUAGCACUACAACUGUAACACCACCGUCUACAACACCGGAAACAUCUCCCGUUACCUCUACAACUACUACAGUGUCAACUACAACUCCUACAAUACCAACUAGCACUACAACUGUAACACCACCAUCUACAACACCGGAAACAUCUCCUGUUACCUCUACAACUACUACAGUGUCAACUACAACUCCUACAAUACCAACUAGCACUACAACUGUAACACCACCAUCUACAACACCGGAAACAUCUCCUGUUACCUCUACAACUACUACAGUGUCAACUACAACUCCUACAAUACCAACUAGCACUACAACUGUAACACCACCAUCUACAGCAACAGAAACAUCUCCUGUUACCUCUACAACUACUACAGUUUCAACUACAACUCCUACAAUACCAACUAGCACUACAACUGUAACACCACCAUCUACAACAACAGAAACAUCUCCUGUUACCUCUACAACUACUACAGUGUCAACUACAACUCCUACAAUACCAACUAGCACUACAACUGUAACACCACCAUCUACAACAACAGAAACAUCUCCUGUUACCUCUACAACUACUACAGUGUCAACUACAACUCCUACAAUACCAACUAGCACUACAACUGUGACACCUCCAUCUACAACACCGGAAACAUCUCCUGUUACCUCUACAACUACUACAGUGUCAACUACAACUCCUACAAUACCAACUAUGUCAACUACAACUCCUACAAUACCAACUAGCACUACAACUGUAACACCACCAUCUACAACACCGGAAACAUCUCCUGUUACCUCUACAACUACUACAGUGUCAACUACAACUCCUACAAUACCAACUAGCACUACAACUGUGACACCUCCAUCUACAACAACAGAAACAUCUCUUGUUACCUCUACAACUACUACAGUGUCAACUACAACUCCUACAAUACCAACUAGCACUACAACUGUAACACCACCAUCUACAACACCGGAAACAUCUCCUGUUACCUCUACAACUACUACAGUGUCAACUACAACUCCUACAAUACCAACUAGCACUACAACUGUAACACCACCAUCUACAACAACAGAAACAUCUCCUGUUACCUCUACAACUACUACAGUGUCAACUACAACUCCUACAAUACCAACUAGCACUACAACUGUAACACCACCGUCUACAACAACAGGAACAUCUCCUGUUACCUCUACAACUACUACAGUGUCAACUACAACUCUUACAAUACCAACUAGCACUACAACUGUAACACCACCAUCUACAACAACAGAAACAUCUACUGUUACCUCUACAACUACUACAGUGUCAACUACAACUCCUACAAUACCAACUAGCACUACAACUGUAACACCACCGUCUACAACACCGGAAACAUCUCCUGUUACCUCUACAACUACUACAGUGUCAACUACAACUCCUACAAUACCAACUAGCACUACAACUGUAACACCACCAUCUACAACACCGGAAACAUCUCCUGUUACCUCUACAACUACUACAGUGUCAACUACAACUCCUACAAUACCAACUAGCACUACAACUGUAACACCACCGUCUACAACACCGGAAACAUCUCCUGUUACCUCUACAACUACUACAGUGUCAACUACAACUCCUACAAUACCACCUAGCACUACAACUGUAACACCACCAUCUACAACACCGGAAACAUCUCCUGUUACCUCUACAACUACUACAGUGUCAACUACAACUCCUACAAUACCAACUAGCACUACAACUGUAACACCACCGUCUACAACAACAGGAACAUCUACUGCUACCUUUACAACCACUACAGUUUCAACCAAAACUCCUACAAAACCUACAACAACUAGAACAACUAACACAUGUUACUGCACAUACAAAGGUGCAAAAUACCUAGCAGGGUCAACAAUCGACCAAUACAAUGAAUGCUAUACUACCUACUGCAACUCUUCUUGCUAUAUUGUACAAGAGGCUAGAUUCGACAACCACACGAUAGACGCAUGCACUAUUAAAACAUGCAAAGAUGGAAAAAUCGUCAAAGAUCCUGUACGUUGUGAUCCAAUAAUUCCAAAACCUCAAUGUGUUAAUGGACUAGAUCCUGUGAAGGUGUAUGAUAAGAAUGGUUGCUGCUAUAAGUAUGAGUGUGAAUGUUUCUGCAAGACCUGGGGUGACCCUCAUUACAGAACUUUUGAUGGACAAUAUUUUGCUUUUCAUGGAAACUGCACUUAUGUUUUGUUCGAAGAAAUCAUCCCAAAAUAUAAUAUCAGUGUCCAUGCUAAAAACUAUUAUUGUAAUACAGAAGAAAAUCUUGCUUGCCCCGAGUAUGUAAUUGUGUAUUACAAAUCCUACAAAAUCCAGAUGCAAAGUGACAUAAAUGAUGUUGUCAAUAUCUAUGUUAAUGAUGUAAAGAAGAUUCCAACACAUGUAAUUGAUGACACUAUCAUCAUCACCACAACUGGCAUGAAAGUGAGUCUGAACAUCUCUGAAAUCAAAACUGAGAUUACAGUCAGUAAUCUAAACAUCGAAAUCAAACUGCCAUUCUCCUACUUCCAUCAUAAUACUCGGGGACAAUGUGGGUUUUGUGACAACAGCACUAUAGAUGACUGCAGACUUCCUAAUGGAACAAUCGACAACUCAUGUGAGCACAUGGCACAGUUUUGGAUGGUCCCCCCAGGAUGUGAAUUACCUCCACCUCCUCCUCCUUCCCCUCUUCCUCCUCCUCCAGGACCCCAUCCUCCUACUACAGAACCACCUCCAACUGUCUGUGAAAUCAUCAAGUACAAAAUGGGAAAAGACUCUGUUGCCUGUGCUAGUCUGGAGGCCUAUGCACAACUAUGUGGAGAGAAGUCUCUCUGUGUGGACUGGAGAAGCUCCCCUAUCCUCAAAGGGAUAUGUGAUUGCAUUGAUAAUGGAUUACCUAAAAGGGAUGCCUGGAUGCCUCUGGGACAACCACGUGAGUUUGAUGAGGUUUUCGAGUACAACUGCGAAGAGUGUGUUUGUGAAAAGGCCAGCAAAUCGGUGACCUGUAAACCCAAGAAGUGUCCUGAUGUGAAUCCUGCGAGCUGCACUGAGCCCGGCUUUGUGCUAGUCAAUGUCACCAAUCCCUCAGAUCCAUGCUGCAACAAACAAGUUUGCAAUUGUGAUGUCAACGUUUGCCCACCUUUGGAUAAAAGUGUGGAGUCGGAUAUGCGCCGGUCCUGGAAGUGCCUAUCGAAAAUGCUGUCCAGAAAUCAAAUGCGAGCCAAAGAAAGUUUGUGUCACAAAAACGUAGAGUAUCAGCCUGGUACCAAGAUCCCCGUCAUUGACUGUCAGGAAUGUAGCUGUACCUGGGAUGUGGAUCCUAAAACACAGUGGUUCAAGAUCAAAUGUGAAUUUGUGCAGUGCGAUGAGAAUGGUUAUGAAUAUAUUGAUACAGGCCAUGACUGCUGCGGAAAGUGUGUGCAAACUCACUGCAUCAUCAACAUCAACGGCGUCGAGCAUAUACUGCAGGACGGAGCCAGUUUACCCUCUACAAACCAGGGCUGUGACAGAAUCACAUGCACUAAAGUUAAUGGACAGUUCAUCACUGACAAAUACACAGUCCAGUGCCCUCCUUUCAACGUUACGAACUGCCAGCCUGGUACCGUUCAGCUGUCAGCUGAUGGCUGCUGCCGUGUUUGUGUGGACCAAGACGGAUGUGGAGUAAAGAUUGUUAGCGAUUACAUAAAUCACAUGGACUGCCAGUCAGAGAAGAAAAUGGACCUGACAUUUUGUAGUGGAGACUGUAACAGCUUUAGCAGCUACACUGCACCUGGAUUGUCCUCCUGUAGCUGUUGCCAGGCCACGCGUUCAAGUAAUCGCACAGUGAAUCUUGGUUGCGUAAAUGGAGACAUAAUAACCCACUCGUACAUCCAUGUCGAAGAGUGCUCCUGUAGCAGAACUGAAUGUCACAUAAACGACGCACUCAUUGAAAACAGCCAAAGAAAACGCAGCUUGGGACUUCCGUGAGCAGCAGCGGUGAAUCAUCAAACCCAUGCAAAAACGAAAUGUCUCGAAAAGUAUCGUAGUGAAAAUUUGUAAUCAGAAAUUAACUUAAAUGGCACAUUCUUUAACAUUUCUUGCAUUUUAUCUAUAGGUCUCUUCUUUUUUCUUUGCUUGAUAAAGGUGUACUCUUUUGCUUGUUUGAAAUGAAAAUAAAUAAAAAAGCAUAUUAAACUUCAA